GCAGACCCCGAGCUUCGUUAGUCCAACGCAACCAUCCAUCGGAUCCCUCCGCUCUCCAGGAAGGAAUCGUAAGAAACCUCGCGAGAGAACGAGAGCUAGGGUUAGGGUUCCGGCGAGCCGCCGCCGAACGAGAUGCCAAAGAACAAGGGGAAGGGAGGGAAGAACCGGAAGCGCGGAAAGAACGAGGCCGACGACGAGAAGCGGGAGCUGAUCUUUAAGGAGGAUGGCCAGGAGUACGCCCAGGUCCUCCGGAUGCUUGGCAACGGCCGGUGCGAGGCCAUGUGCAUCGACGGCACCAAGCGACUCUGCCACAUCCGCGGCAAGAUGCACAAGAAGGUCUGGAUCGCCGCUGGCGAUAUUGUCCUCGUCGGCCUCCGCGACUACCAGGACGACAAGGCCGACGUCAUCCUCAAAUACAUGCCGGAUGAGGCCCGGCUCUUGAAGGCCUACGGCGAGCUCCCGGAGAGCACUCGUCUCAACGAGGGCAUCGCUGGCGGGCUCGACGAGGAGGACGAGGGCGCCGGCGACGACUACAUCGAGUUUGAGGACGAGGACAUUGACAAGAUCUAAAAUAGAUGGUUCUCCUUCGAUCUUGUCCAUUUUCUCCUUCCGUCCUUCUGUUUCUGUUAUCUGAGAUCUUGUCUUGCUUUUAAUAGGUAAAAGCCUGAGGUAGUAUGGUAUCAUGGUUGUUUAAUCUUAUUAUUAUGAAGAAGAUGACGAUGGUGGUAAUGAGUUUGUGUAUGCUUGCUAUGUUGUAAUUCUUGGUUCGGUCUUACUUGUGAUAAUGGUCGCUGGAGUUCUUAGGGUUUACAGUUCAUUUACUGUCAUCUAAAGUGAAUGGAAUAAAAGCUCUUUAUUGGUAUUAAAAAUUUCA